AUGACGGAAUCGCCUUCAGAUCUCUCCGAGUACGGGAGCGAUGACUUCCCCGAGGAUGUAAAGCGAAGCCGUCAACGCAGCUAUGAAGCCACGCCUGACCGUGACCAGCGCCCCAACAAACGACCUCGCCUGAACAUCCGCGCGCCCUCGUCGCCGCCGCCGCCCAUUAGCACCAUGCCGCCCGACCUGGACGAGGAGCUGUCCGAAGACACGGACGGCUCGGUGCCGGCGUCGCCACACCACCACCCGGGCAUGUCGCAGGACGACGACUACGGCCAGGAGCAGGUGACGGUGUGCAAAUGGGACGGCUGCACCGCCGGCGACAUGCACAACAUGGACAACCUGGUCGAGCAUCUCCACGACGACCACAUCGGCACGCGCCAGAAGAAGUACAGCUGCGAAUGGAGCGAUUGCACCCGCAAGGGCAUCCCGCAUGCGAGUGGCUAUGCGCUGCGAGCACACAUGCGCUCCCACACGCGCGAGAAGCCCUUUUACUGCACUCUCCCAGAAUGCGACCGCUCCUUCACCCGCUCCGACGCCCUCGCCAAGCACAUGCGGACGGUGCACGAGACGGAGGCGCUGCGGCCCUCGGAUCCCGUGCCCAAGCACCACUCGUCCAACCCCACCAACAACAAGCAGCGCCUCAAGCUGGUCCUCAGCAACGAGGCCAAGAAGCUGCCGCCGCACGACAAGGCCUCGACCCCCGGCUCCCCGUCGUCGCACUCGCACCCGCCCAACAGCGCCACCAUCCCGCCCGCGACAACAUCGGAGACCGACUACGCCCACAACAACGUCAUAUACCUGCAGGACCUCGCCAGCCCGUCGGCCUCGACGCUCGUGCAAUUCCCCCCGGACAUUGAGUUUACGCCCGACGAGCUCCGCAAGCCCGCCAACGAGCUGUUCCACCUGCUGCGCAAACAGCUGCAGUGGGCGACAAAGGAGGGCGAGCAGCUGCGUGCCGAGGCCGAGGAGCUCGAGCGCCAGCGCCGCGAGGAGUGGCAGGCCAAGGAGCUUUUGUUUGAGAACUUCAUGGAGGCACAGGCGGCGACGGAGCGGCGGAGGCGCGCAGAGCAGGGCAUACCCGAAGACCUGGAAGGCUGGCAGGCCGUCGAGAACGAUGUCGCCCCCGCCAAAUUGCUGCACAUUGCGCCUAAAGACGGGAAGCUGCCGUGGUGGCGCGAGCAGGGCGCGCAGACACAGCGGCCUCAGGUCAAGGAGGAGCCGCAGCCAUCCAAGCCAUUGCCAGCCGACACCAAGCCCGCAGAGGAUGGGCAGCUUCAGGUGCCUGGGGCUUGA